UUUUAAUCUCCAUAGCGGAAAAUUCUCUCAUUGUCAGUAAAUGCUUUUUUAACAACAAAUUUAUCAUACAAAAUAUCAUAAAUAUAACUGAAAAAGUUGGAGAAUUAAAGUCGAGUCUGGAAUGGAUUAUUGGAGAACAAUUUGAAAAGUUCAAGAAAUUGUUCGAUAAUUGCAUUAAAACUGAAUUUGUUUUGAUGCUAAUGUCUCCUGAACCAAAGCAUGAUACUGUUGAUGAAAACUGGAGUAGUUCAAAUGUUGCUGGAGUAGGAGUUCAAAGUGAUUCUGAAAGCGAAGAUGAAGAUCAUACAAUUGAGGGAUAUGUUCCAUUGGCACAAGAUCCAAUAGAUGGAGAUUUAUUACUGGAGGAUGAGGAAGAAGAAUGGGCUUCAUCUCCUUUAAAUCUUCCAGAAGUAUUGCCUGAAUCGACAAGCAGCCAAACACAUAUAAUACAGUCAGAGACAGUGCAAGUUUGGUCGUCUUCUUGUAAUUUCUCAAAUAUUGAUAUGGAUGCAGAUAAAAUCAAUCAAGUUAAACACGUAAUGGCUUCUUUUUCUUUACCUAAUACAGCGAUUCCAGAAUGGGCCAAUACCGUCUCUGAGGAACAAUGGAAAGAACAACUUAUGGAUCGAAUAAAAACAAUGCAACGUAAUAAUCUAUAAUUUUUUAUAGUAAUUAAAUUUAAAAAAUAAAUUAAACAUAUAUUGUGCAUUCCACGGAAAAUAUUUAUUCGAAAUUUAAAUUUCGAAAUUAAAUUUGAAAUUAAAUUAAAUUAAUUAAAUUUUAAAAUUUAACGUCAUCAUUGGCAAUGUAUUUUUGAAACAUUUUUUAUUUAUCUAUUGUACUAAUGAAUACAAAAUUAUGCUAUAUUUGAAAUUUGUUCACUUUUCCUCAAAUUUUUCAAAUAUGUGCUCAAAAAUAUCGUUCCUAUAACGGAAGCAGCAAAAAAGUUGAAAUUAAAUUUAAAAAGUGACUUUUCUCAAUGAUGGACACAUUCGAUUUUUAAUUUCUUUUUUGUACUGCAAGCUCUGAUGACUGAAGAAUUUCUUCCCCUAUCUAAAAAAGUGUUUUUUUUUAGUUUUUAAAUUACUAUUUUUAGUUUUAUUAGGUUUGAAUACAUAUUUAAAAAAUUUGAGAAAAAGUAAACAAAUUUCAUAUACAGCAUAAUUUUUUACUCGUUAGUACAAAUAGAUAAAAAAUGUUUCGUGCAAAAAAAAAUUUUGAAUGCCAAUUUCCCGUGGAAUAUAUAUUAUAAUGUAUGAAAUCAUGAUAUUUGAACAUCGCAUUCUAUUUCAAUUGGUGCUAUUAGCAAAUAUUUAUUUUAAUAAACGUGUAUGAAAGGUUUCUUUUAUUUAAAAAAAUGACUGCAGACUACAAAGUUAAUAAAACUAUAUCGACGAUUUAGUGCAAUAUUCGCAAUCCGCGUGUAUAUUACUUAAAAAUGUUAACUACCUGUUAAAUCAGAAUAGAUUCAGAUUUCAUUUCAGUA